AUGGAGUAUAUGUCAGCAUUGCAGAACAAUUUUGACGAUUUCAAGCCUUCUCUAUUUGAACUCCUCUCCGAACAACAGCUCUCAUCACUUCUUCCCCCAUCCCUCCGCUACCUCCUUGCGGUCGCGACUCACAGACAUCCUCGAUAUCUUCUGCGGAUUCUAAAUUCCUACGAUGAACUGUACGCCCUAGUGUCGCUACUUGUUGAAGGAUACUACCUACGAAACUUUGGCGGUUCAUUUACAGAGAACUUCUACUCUUUGAAACGAGAGCGCGUUCUAGCAUUAAAAGAUGGGGAGGUACCUCGAGCUCAAAUUGGAGCAGGAGGACCUGUUCGAGAGACUUUAAAGUUGCGCGACUCGGAUAUAUGGCGAAAUUUGAUAGUUAUGGUCGGAAUUCCAUAUUUAAAACGAAAACUUGAUGAAGGAUACGAUAUACAUGCUGCUCCCCAUGCAGCCCUUGUCUCAGGGAUUGGAGGAGGUCCGCGGUAUCAUCCAUCGGAUGAGAUGCCUCAUAACCCUACAGUGAAGCAACGGUUAUUGUUCUAUUACAAAUGGUUCCUAAGGAAUAUUUACCCAUCGAUAAAUGGAGCCUAUUACUUUUCCAUACUGGCAUUCAACCUGGCCUAUCUCUUUGACAACACCAAAUACUCGUCUCCGUUCCUAUGGCUAAUAGGGACUAGAAUCAGGCGAUUGAGCCCAGCGGAUCACAAAGCAAUCGCAAUGGCAACGGCGGCCAACACACCCCAUACAGGCGCGGCAAGAUCACGCUCACGGCCGAACGCUCUAAGCCUUUUAAACCCACAAGCCAUAUAUCCUCAUUUACUAGGAUCGCUUAAGAUUCUCUUGCCAGCGUCAAUAUUCGCUCUCAAAUUUCUCGAAUGGUGGCAUGCAAGUGACUUCUCAAGGCAACUAGCUAAACAAGCUACCCAAUCUAUUGAACUUCCAGCGCCAGUAGUAACUGGAAUCCCUUCAAAACCUACUGCAACAGAUGCUGCGGAUGAGAAGCAGCCACUAACAGGGACGAAUAAGCUGAAGCAAAGUCGCACCAAGUCCCCAAUAUCAUCUAUAACCCUACUACCAAUAUUCACCGUCCCGAUACCCCCCGUUGAUCCAGAUACCUCUCAAGCACCGUGCCCAAUAUGCCUUAACCCACUUGUUAAUCCUACUGCCUGUCAGACCGGAUAUGUUUACUGCUACACCUGCGUAUUCAGGUGGUUGAACGGCGAGCAUGACCGUCAAAUUGAUUUUAUGAAUGGAGCCGGAAAUGGUGCUGCGUGGGAAGACGAGGGUAAAGAUAACGGCGAGAACGAGAAUAGUGGUGAGAAGGAUACAAAGAGCAGGGAAGGGAGAUGGGAGAGUGGGAAAGGACGGUGUCCAAUUACAGGCCGAAGGGUUCUAGGUGGAACAGAUGGACUAAGGAGGGUCCUUGUAUAG